AUGUUUCAUGCCACCACCACGAUGCUCUUUUGCGUGGGUGCUCUACUGGGAAUGGUCCAGUCAGCACCCAUGACUCUCUCCAUUGACAGGCAGAUGGAACUGAAGGCAAAGACGUCGAAUCUUCGUCGCCAAGCUACCAAGCCUCGGCAGCAAGGGAGCCGUCGAUUGGAACCCUUUACCAUUCCAUAUGCUCUCUUGUGGCGUAUUGAAAUUGGUAAUGGAUUCACGGAGGACGAUCGAGAGCCCACUCCCGAGGAGUACGAAGGGGUCCGUCAAUCCACUGUGGACUGGUUUAACUCUGCCCAUAAUUCCUUUUACGCCGAUGCCGGCUUUACCUUUGUGGAUAGUAGCUGUGAUUUGGUGGAUGCAGAGACUGGCUGGGAUCCUGCCGCCGAAUUCCCGCACAAGAUUCAGAUGCAGUGUUAUGCCAACUUUGACGCGGCCGCCAUUGAAGAUUUGCCCACCAAUGUGGAGUUUAUCAUGAGCAUCAAUGAAGGCUACGACUUUGAGGAUUUCACUCGCAAUUACUUGUGGAACUCUCCUCCUCCCGACAGUAUUUUCCGAUUUAGUCAAAGGGUCGGAUAUACCCUGACCGAUAAUGGGGAUGUCGCUCCCACUGGAGACUUUGCACCCACCCCUCCCACCGAACCACCGGUCCUGCCACCCGUUGCCUCUGCUACCGAUUUUGCUGGCUCGUAUGUGGUCCCAUUUGCCGUGACUUGGGAAAUGGCAGUGGCCGAAACCGCCACUGACCGUCAACCCACCGACGAGGAAUACAGUGGCAUGCUCAAUGCCACCGUUGCUUGGUUCACUGCCGAGCUUGUCACAUACUAUGCCGAUCAAUCUGAGACCUUUACCAUCAACCAGUUUAUUGCCACCAAUGAGCCUGCACCCACCUGGACCGAGGGCGAGACGUAUGCCCACGUCAUUCCUCAAGACUGCUACGUUAUUUUCAAUGCCGAUGCCAUGGCGGAUGUUCCGAGUGUCAUUGAUUUGCUGGAAGACAUUUCGGGAAACUUUGAUGUUACUGUCUUCAUUGAAGAUUAUUUGCGCAAUGCCGAUCCUACCGACUCGAUUUUCAGAGAAGUUUCAUUGGUUCGAUACACGUCGUCCACUACAACUCCUGCUGGACCUUUGACAACGUCGGCACCCGUGGUGGCUCCUACCAUGGGAACGCCAGGUACCAUGCCACCUGUGCCAGCUCCAGUGGCUGUGCCCGCAACUAUGCCACCCGUGCCGGCAACCAUGCCACCCGUGCCCGCGACCAUGCCCCCAGUGCCGGCUCCUAUUCCUGCUCCUACCUUGGGAGCGACCGAGGCACCAGUGGCGGCUCCCGUGCCGGCACCUACAGUGGCAGUGGCCACACCCACUGUCACGUAUACCUUUCCCACACUCGAACCCUUGGCAGCGGAUGCCGAUGGCAUUGUCGAAACGACGACCACUUGGAGGCUUGCCAUUGGAUUUGGUAUCCCGGAUCGUCAACCACGCACGGACGAAUACGAUGGUUACCUUCAGGCCACGGACGAUUGGAUGGAAGCUGUGUACACGGGCUUUUACAACUCGGACGCCGAAAGUCCCACGCACGAAUCUGUCACCAAUCAAAUUCUCUCUGCUACGUACAAUUCCACCUUGGAGGCGGCCCACACCAUUGUCUUGCGCACCCGUCACGAUUUCACCUUGACAGAAGGACAAAGUGCACCCUCGGAAUUGGAACUUUUGAGGAUUCUCACCAAUGCCAACUUGUUGGACUACAUGCUCAACUUUUUGCAUGAAGCUCCUCCUCAAUUCAAUAUUUUCAUUGGAACUCGAGCCGUCGCUUGGACUGCAGAUGGUGUUGUGGCAAGCCCCACCAACCCGCCCGUUCCAGCACCAACAGUCCCAGCCACCACGCCACCUGUCGCAACCCCCGUUGCCGAUCCAACCACGCCACCUGUCGCUUCUCCCGUUGCCGAUCCAAUGCCUCCGGUGUCGGCUCCCGUAGCUGCACCCGUAGCUGCACCUGUAGCUGCUCCUGUUGCUGCUCCUACUGUGGCAGCAACUGAUGCCCCUGGUCCGGCACCAACUUUGCCAAUGACGGUGAUCAACGGUGGCUUGGCCGAUCUUACCAGCUUGGACUCGGUUCGUAUCUUCAUGACGCUCUCUUUGGACAUUAACGAAGACCGAUACGCUGGAACUCGCAUGGAACCCACGCAAGAAGAAUGGGAUGGCCUCAUUAUGGCAACCAAAAAGUUCCUGACUCACUCGUUCGUGACCUACUUUGAAGAUGACGCCUCUUCUGACUUUGUUGGAUUGUUGUCGGUGGGUUGGGUGGACAACAGUUACACUGCCGGUAUCGAUUAUCCCUACGAUGGAGAACUCCAGUUUGACAUUGCUUUCAUGGAUGGGGCCACACUCAUGGCCAACUCAGCGUACUGGAGCAUCAUCAAUGGCUUUGACUUUGACGAGUUUAUUCGUCUCUACGUGUGGUUGGAAGCACCAGAAGAUUCUAUCUUCCACUAUGCUUCUCGCGUGGAGUGGAACUUUGUCAAUGCGAAAUAA